ACACGCUAGACCUGAAAAUAAAGGUAACGUCAAGACUUUUUAGAUUUAUAUAUUUUGUGGGCUAUUAACUGUCUUUACAUUCCGUUCAUUAAAUUUUUCACUAUUUUCAUAUUAAUACUUUUAGUCCGCCACAGAGCAAACGGUCUCACAAUGUGUUCACUGGCUCACUUCUGCUGCAUAUAAGGUGUUGCAAACCAAUGGCUUUGUAGAGCAUGUUUUUCACGAGAUCUCUGGUAAUACUCAGGGAAUUGAGCUAUUGAACACAGCUAGGAAGCUUCAGCAGACCAAUGAUAAGUUGUAAGGAACGUGAAGCACCUGAAAAAUUCCAAAGAAGUCAUGUGCCAUAGUUAACCCUGCUUCAAAUCUGAAUAAAACUACCAUGACAUCCUCAAAAUGCAGUAGAUUAUAAGCACACUGAUGCAGAAAAGGAAUAAGCGUGUGCAGAAGGGACAAAGUAAAAGGAGCUCCAAAAAUUGUGUCGCCAGAUACAGCCUUAGAAUGCUACAUCAACGCCAUGGUUUUACCACAGCCUGAUCUGCACAAUGUAGAUUUGUUUGAAAAUCAAAAUAAAGUCAAUGAUUAGCUUUGGCAACUAGAAAAGCGAAGGCCCUUACAUCCUUUGCUGAACCGAUCUGCGGGGAAGAGUUUAAGUUCAAGAAACGCAGCCUCAGUCAUCUUUGAAAAACUAGAAAAAUCUCCUGAAAAGGACUAAAAGGCUAGUUUGAAAAACAAUGUAAACCAUAUUGAUUCACUAAUAAGCAAACUAUGCUUCCACUGAGGAGCAAAAAUCUACUAUUGGAAAAGUCACAAAGACUGAUUGGAUCCGGAAUCUAUAUCGGCGUUGAUCUAAGCCUGGUUGAUCUUAUGAUUUCAUUGCUGUCUGAAAAAUGGCUAGCAUCAGUAGUGUGUGACAUUAAAAUUCAGUCGUUUGGUUCCUUAUUAUGUAAGACCGACAGAUUAAACCGUAGGGGGGUUCGCGUCAUCUUAUUCUUUCUAGUUGACUCUCCCGAUUUGUUGAAAACAUUCUGUCUUUCCCGAGGUCUGGUGCAGUAGGACGUGACUAAAUUGUUGCACUCGUUGAUUCUUAAAGUUGAGCUGCAGUUAUUCCUGAUAAAUCUACUUUCAUAGUAGUUUUCCAACUGGAAACUUUAUGCCAUUUACUUGACUCGCUGUUUCUCUCAGUUGUCUUCGGACAUAGCUCCUACUUAUGAAUUCCUCUGUGUGAGCACCUUUCGGGUUGCUUCUUUUUGAACAUGUUUCAAGAUAAGGUAACAUAAUAUGGCAGUUUAUUUCGAGACCAGGUCUAAAGAAACACUUAAGAUGGUUUUGACUAAUUCCGGACUACCGUUUUUCAAAAGGAAACUCCAAGAAAAGACGCUUUACUAACUGCGGAACAUUUACUAAAAAAACACACAUACUAAUGGCUUGGUCCGUUUCUACCAUCUAAUGCUGAAAUCACAUCAAACAGUACAAGUUUUAUGUGUCGCUACUACUCAGCGGUGGAACUGGUUGGAGUUAAAAGAGAGUAAUUUUCUAAUGGUCCAAUAGUUGAUCCUAUUCAAAUCAUAUUGAAAUCAUCCUCAUAUUACCGGUUUACUUGGUAGAUCGUCCAUCAACAAUAGAAAUGGUCCAAAAGCUGUUGAUAUGGCUUCACAUUUUCAGCCAUUAUUGUCAGUGAUAGAAACAUACAGGAUGAAGGGGAUUUUUUAUAUCCUUUGUAGUAAACCUGCAUCUUUAGUGUGAUACUUUAUUAUUAUUUAAUUUACUUGAACAAAAACAUUGGUACAAAGAGGCAUUUCACUAGGAUUAUUUCUCAAUUUAAUGAAUUUUUGUUUAUUUUCAAAGAUGUCAGUAGAAGAUUGUGAAAAUGAAUUACUUGCACUGGAAUCCAUUUAUGAAGAUAAGUAUCAACUUGUACAAACUACACCUAGACGAAAAAUAAAAGUAAAUCUAAAUGGUCAAUCAGAUGAUUCACUGUCAACUAAAGUUCGAUGUCAGCUUCUUUUUGAACUUUCAAGCAACUAUCCAAAUAAACCACCUAAAUAUCAAAUACUUAAACCUGAAAAUCUUUCAGACGAAAAUAUUUCCGAUAUAAAUAUUAUAAUCAAUGAAGUAAUUGAACGAUCCCUAGGAUUUGUAAUGUUAUUUGAUAUAUUAACAGAAGUUCAAGAAAAAUUAGAUAGUAUCUGUGCAAAAAUCUUAAUUCGUCAGCGUAAUGAAGCUAAAGAAAAACGAAAAGCUAUACAAUUAGAAGAAGAAGCGAAAUUCCGUGGUGAUAGAGUUACAGUGGAGUCGUUUCUAGAAUGGAAUACAAAAUUCCUUGCAGAAAUGGAAUCAUUAAAAGAGAAGUCAAUAUCUGAAGAUCAAAGUGCUGCUAAACGACUAACUGGACGUGAGCUAUUUUUGAAAGAUAAUCAUUAUGACGAUUCCGAUUUGACCUUCUUGGAAACUAAUGGUGGCGAAGUUGUAGAGAUUGAUGAACAUUUAUUUGUUGACAUUGGCGAUAUAGACCUGGAUGAUGAUAAUGAUGACGAUAAUAACCAAGUAGUUGUGACGGGAACGGCCUGAACAUAUUAUAUACUUUGUACAAAUUAAUUCACUCCAAAAGUAUCAUUGCUUUUAUUUUAACAGUUCUCUUCCGGUAUGUAAAGACAAAGAUAUACAAAAUUAGAAAUAGACUUCUAUGACUAUGUAAAUUCUAAAAACUGUAACUUCCUGAUUUCACAAACUUGACGCUACAUUUACUAAGUGUCAUACGAAUUUGGCGACUAUAAAUUGUUAACUUGCAAAGCUUUAAUUUCGUGUUCUAAAACCUAUGAUAAUUAUUUAAAUAAAAGUAUACAACUUGGAAACCAAAGGUAAAUUCGUCCUCAUAGUUAAUAUUUUUGGAAAUAAAUAUGCCUACUGCAUAAAUCUUUGUUCCUGAGGCGAGAUUCAAUUAUACAAGCUCUAUUGAAUAAAUGUAUCUAGAUCACUGGUGUACAACACCUAGUAUUCUCAGAACUGUAGUAUAUGGGUUCAAUAAUAACUGAUUCGUUUUAGUAUCUGAUUAAUAUUCCUAGUUUUCUCACACCAUCAAUACCUUCUGUGUGCUUAUUCCUAAGGAUUUUUUUGAAUUUCGGAAAGAAAAUGCUCCCUGAACUUCUAAAGGUCCUUCAACUAAUGUCAGUUUAUGUUGAAGAACUAAUGCUCUUAUGAUGUUCAUGUAGAUAAUUUCUAAUGAAAAUGUAGUUGUAAGCUUAUUAUGUCAAUAAAGACGCUCCAACAAUGCGAAUAUUGCUGUGAUACGGGCUUACAUAUACCAGACCUUACCAGCUAUCACCCCCUACAUUUAGAGAUUUCCACUGUUUAAAGUAAGUCAUUCCUUCACCAUAUUCCCUGAAACAUUUAAAGUUACUUUAGUUUGAUUUAUAUUAAGUACUGUCUGAACUGUUAGUGAAAUUAUACAGUAAGCGUUCCAAUCUUAAUAAUACGAAUUUUUACGAUAGAACAGUGAAAAAACGGAGUUGAUCUGAAAAAUGUGAUGUAUUUGCGCUAUACAUUUCGAACAAUCGGGUCACACAUAUACUUGUCAAGGCAUUUUUAUAUAAAAAUUAAUAAAGGUCA